AUGUCAUCACUUGAUUAUUUAUGGACAGAAGAUUAUUUGAAUAGUUUUGAAAUUGAAAAUAGAUUCACAGACACGACAAUAACAUUUAUAAUAGUUUCAAAAGACCCAUCAACAUGUUAUGAUAAUUUAAUCCGUUUUUCUCAACCAUGGUUAAAAUCUUAUCCUUGGACAAUUGAUCAACCUAGUAUAACUCAACAAUCAACCAAUAUUAAAGGCACCAAGAUCGAUUAUAUAUAUGGUGAAUUAAAUUAUCAUGAAUAUACUCCUGAAUCAUUAUUAUUAAUAUCAAUAUUAUUUCAAUUCACCAAAUAUCAUCAAGAUUGUUAUAUUCAUUUAUUUGAUUCAAUAACCAUUGAACCAAUCCUAUAUUAUUGUCAUGAUUUUUUACCUAAUGAUUUACAAGACAUUAAUACAUCGAUUAAUCGAACUUGGAUUCAUGAUUUCAAUAUAAUUGUAUUGAAUUUACAUGAUGAUCGAUAUGUUAAUUUAUUUAUUGCUAUACAACAAUUGAAUAAUUUAGAUUAUACGAUAAAUCAUCAACUUCGAGAAUUUUGGCAUGAAAAAAUUGUAUUUGAUGAAUAUUUGAAAAUUGUUCAUGAUGUGGAAAUUGUUAAUUUGCCAUUAGAUAUAGGGAAAUUAAUUACUCAUGAUCCAACAAUGAUAGGUAAAGCACUUGUUGCAUUAGAACAAGUACUGAAAUUAGAAAAAAUAUCUAAUGGGGAACCACCAUCACCAUCACCACCAUUGGAAUGUUGUGAUGUGAUUGUUCCUAUUAAUGAUAUAAAUUUGGCAACAUUAGGAUCACUUUGUAUUAGUAAUAGUGAUAAUGAUAUUCGAAUACGAGAUAUACUUGCUCAUGGAUUAUCAAAAUGGUAUAGUGAUAGAUCAAAUUCAAAUUCAAAUUCAGAACCAUUACCACUGAUCCCUUCAUCAAUUGUUAAAAUUUCAAGAUUAGAUUUACAAAAGGAAUUGAUUAAUCGAGGAUUAUUAUCACAUAUAGUGGAAGAAGAUAAAGAUGUUUAUCAAGUGAUUGCUAAUAUGGAUAGUAAUGAAACAACUAUUGAAAAUGAAGAAGAAUUUGCUAAUCAAUUAUCACAAAUUUUAUUAGAUAAAAGAGUUCAAAAUUUGAUAGAAGAAGAAGAAGAAGAAGACGAGGACGAGGACGAGGAUGAUGAUGAUGAUUAUCUGGAAUUAUCUGAUGAUGAAUUAAUUGAUUUUAGAAAUAAAUAUUAUGAAAUAACUAAUGUUUGGUUAGAUAAAGAUCAAGUGAAAUCUAAAUAUAAUCAAUUUAAACAACUGAUAAUAACUCUGGUUAAUAAUUUUAAACAAGAAUUUGAAAAUACAGAAUUUGAUGAUUUCCCUGAAUUUAUGGAGACUAAUGUAAUUUUAGAUUUAAAUGAAGGUUAUAAUGAUGAUAGUGAUUAUAAAAGUGAUGAUGAAGGGACAUAUCAAGGUGAUAUGGCAUUUGAAGAAUAUGUUAAAUUUAAAAAGAAAUUACGUAAAGAAGGUGGAAUUGUUGGUAGUGAUAAUGACGAGGAAGAUGAAGAUUGGGAAGAUAUUGACAAUGAUGAUAACGAUGAUGAAGACUAUGGUUAUAGUGAUGAUGGAGAUAGUGACGGAUAUAUUGAAGAGAUUUAUCAAGAAUCUCCGAAAAUAAGUGAAAUUCAUGACCCUGAUCCAGAAGUCAUUGAAAGAUUAUCUAAUAAUUUACGAAAUCUACAAACUAAUGAUAGACAAAAACCAUCAAAUCUUGAAGAUAUUAUAAGAAAUACAUAUAAAUAG